GGAGUGUCAAGGUUAAUUGGGGGCAGUUGGUGAGAGCCAGGGCCCCUUUAGGAAGAGAGGCUGAGGAGCUGGGGAAGCCUGCAGGGUGUCCCUCACCCAGAGAAGGAGUGUGGGGCUGUGAGCCUGCAGCAGGGAACGAUGGUGAGGCGCCUGGUCCCCCCUCUGCCUGCCCUCCCUGUCUGCCUCGCCGUGGUCCAGCUGCUCAGCCCCUGCUCAGCUCAGUUUGCUGUGGUUGGACCCCCCGAGCCCAUCCUGGCCAUGGUGGGUGAAGACGCUGAGCUGCCCUGUCACCUGUCCCCGGAGAUGAGCGCUGAGACCAUGGAGCUGAUGUGGGAGCGACCCAGCCCCAGGCAGGUAGUGCACACGUACGCACACGGGCAGGAGGACACGCCGGCAGCAGAGUAUCGAGGGAGAACUUCGAUUUUAAGAGAGGACAUCACUGCGGGGAAGGCUGCUCUCUGGAUUCGGGACAUCAGAGCCUCUGACAGCGGAACCUACCUGUGUUAUUUCCAAGAUGGAGAUUUCUUCGAAAAUGCCCUGGUGGAGCUGAAGGUUGCAGCGCUGGGCUCUGAUUCCCACGUUGAAAUGAAGGGCUACGAGGCUGGAGGGAUCCGUGUGGAGUGCACGUCUGCCGGCUGGUACCCGCAGCCCCAGAUCCAGUGGAGAGACGCCAGGGGACACAGCUUGUCUGCUGAGGUGGCCACAGAGGCUGCAGACCCCCAGGGCCUUUAUGCAGCCUCAGCCUCUGUGAGCCCCUUCUUCCGGAACGCACAGCCCUGGGUGGUGGCCCUGGGAGUGACCCUGCUGGCUCUGCUGGGGCUCCUGGCGGCGGCGGGCUACUUCCUGUGGAGACAGCAGAAGAAGAACCAGGCCCUGUCCCAGGAGAAGGAGAGGGCGCUAGCGGAGAAAGAAGCAGCUCAGGCCAAGGAGCAGCAGGAGCGAGGCGCCAAAGGGUGGACAAAGAUCCCGUACCUACCACGUGAGUGA